CUUACAGUGAAAUAUGCUGCAGAGGUGCGUGUAACUGAUCUGCAUCAGUUCUUAUCUGGGAAAAGCAAGGCGGUUCCUGAUGCUGUACAAGGGCUUGACAUUGUAUUACGACAGAUACCGUCUCUUUAUUUCACACCUAUAGGAAGAAGUUUCUUUCCUCCUAACAAACCAGGAUCUCCUCUUGGAGGAGGAUGUGAGGUGAAAACUGGAUUUUAUCAGACCAUUCGGCCAUCAGAGUGGAAGACUAUGUUGGUUAAUAUAGAUGUCUCUUCCAAAGGGUUUAUGAAGGCUCAACCAGUUAUUGAUCUCUUGUGCGAUAUUGCUAAWGCUAAUGAUCGUACCAUCAGCGAUAGACAAUGGAGGAUGAAACAUUAUCAAGAAAAGGAAUUCGUCGAAGCAGUCAAAGGUUUCAAAGUUGAAACGAACCACAUUCCAGGGAAGAAGCGCAAAUACCUUGUGAAUGGUAUAGGCAAGAAUGCUUUUGACUAUAAAUUCAAACUCGAAAGUGAAUCAAGAAUGAUAUCAGUMAAAGAAUACUUCAAGGAGAUGUAUAACAUAGACUUGAGGUUUCCUCAUUUACCUUGUCUUGUUGUGGGACAAAAGAAAAACUACCUUCCGAUGGAAGUGUGUCAAAUGGUGGAGAGCCAAAAAAGAAAACUUACUGAUGAUCAGACUGCUGCUAUGAUUAAAAAAGUUACAUGUCCGGCCAAGCGCAGACAGAAAGAUAUUGAAGAAUGGGCAAGUCAGUUACAAGGCAACAGUGCCCAGUAUCUUCACGACGAGUAUGGCAUGUCCAUUAAYAAAAACAUGGUUGAUGUGGAAGGCCGAGUCCUUGACCCUCCUAGGGUCUMCUUGGGAGGAAAAGGUACCAUUGUGCCACAUAACGGCGUUUGGGACAUGCGCAAUAAGAUGUUCUUCCAAGGUACUAGCAUUGAUGUGUGGGCCAUGCUUUGCUUUGUUGAUCAGAGAAGGUGUGGCAAAGACGUCACCAGAAAAUUUGCAAAUGUCAUGUCAAAAGUCUGUCGUGACGAAGGAAUGUCAAUGAAUGGAAGGCCUUGCCACAUCCAAUAUCCACGGACAAACGAUAAUAUUGAGCAAAUUCUGUCGAAUUUGAUCGAAAGAUACAAAGACCUUCAAUUAGUUUUGGUAGUUUUACCCGCUCAAGGAAACAAGGAUGUCUACAAGGAGGUSAAACGCGUCGCUGACACGGUUCUUGGAAUCCCAACGCAGUGCGUUCAAACUAAACAGUUCGAACAAGCAAAGCCCCAGGUGUGUUCCAACAUUGCCAUGAAAAUCAAUGCUAAACUAGGAGGAAUCAACCACAUCGUAGAUCCAUCCGACAUGCCACCUGUCUUCCAAGAAGUCAUUGUCUUCGGUGCAGACGURACGCACCCCUCCCCUGGUGAGAGCAAUAUCCCAUCAAUCGCCGCUGUCGUGGCUAGUGUCGAUCCUCACGCAAGUAAGUACGCUGCCCGAGUAAGAGCGCAGACUCACAUGAAAGAUAARGCAGCGCAGGAGAUAAUUUUGGAAAUGAAAGCGAUGGUAAAAGAGCUGCUGAUUGAGUUCUAUAAAGCGACGCGAAAAAAGCCACAGCGGAUUAUCUUUUAUCGCGAUGGUGURAGCGAAGGUCAGUUUGAUCAGGUUCUUAUCCAUGAGGUCAAAGCCGUCCAACAGGCAUGCCUGGAAUUACCUGGUGAGUACCGUCCCCCGAUCACGUUUAUCGUGGUGCAAAAGCGACACCACGCGAGGUUAUUUUGUACUGACAGAGCCGACGAGUCAGGAAAAUCUGGUAACAUUCCCCCUGGAACAAUGGUCGAUCGUGGUAUCACACAYCCUUAUGAAUUUGAUUUCUACCUAUGCAGCCAUCAGGGUAUCCAGGGAACAAGUCGUCCAACCCACUACCACGUGCUGUAUGAUGAUAAUAGCUUCGAUGCCAACUCUCUACAAAAGCUGACGUACCAUUUAUGUCACACGUAUGCACGAUGUACUCGAAGUGUAUCGAUGCCCUCCCCGGCUUACUAUGCUCAUCUAGUGGCGUUCAGGGCAAGRCAUCACUUAAAUGGGCUUGCAUCGAAAAGACAUGAAGAUGGUAAAAGUGAUGAAGAGGUACGAAAUGAAUGGUGUAAAGCAAUUAAUGUCAACGAGAAGUUGAAGAAAGCAAUGUACUUCGCGUAAAUGGUGUCGUAUCACUUCCAAUGGCAGAUCAUUAAAGAUAAGCAAAGGUUGUGUUAAAGGGGCAUGGUCAACCAGCAUUCAUUGCGGUCGUGUUAUAGUUUUUUUUAUUGCACAAAUGAGGUGACUUCAGUUUUAAAGUCAAAUAUCUCCGUUCAUAAACUGGAAAAAAAUCGCGCAGUUUAAAAGGUUGUAAAUUUGAUGUAAUUAUGAUGUAAGUGUCCAAAAUGGCGUAAAUUUGAUGU